GCAUUGUCAAUCGACGGCACGUCCGCGUAUCUUCGACGGCGACCAACUCCGAAAUUAUUUCGUGAUCGAACCUCGUCGCGGUAACAAUGCUGCUCUACGGAUCGUUGAUAAUAUUUUUUGUGACGAGCUGCUCGACUGCCGCUCUACCAGUUCCAGAUAUUCCACCGUAUCUAAAGAUAUGUCACCGGAGUGACCCGCAUCUGAACGACUGUAUAAAGGAGAGCAUCAAAACGUUGAAACCGUACCUGGGAAAUGGCAUUCCGAGCCUUCGAAUACCACCCUGCGAGCCACUUCAUGUGGACGAAGUCGAGAUCAAUCAAUUUUCCGGCCCGAUUUAUAUCCAUGCAAAGUACAGCAAUAUCUCCAUCUACGGCGGAACGAACAUUGUUCCAAAAACCAUCAAGCUCGACUUGGACAAAGAUCGCAUGAGAUUAAAAUUCUUUAUUCCUUGGCUGGAAAUGAUCGCGCAUUACCAUCUGAACGGCAAAAUAAUGAUGCUACCGAUGGUCGGAAGUGGUUUGGGACACGGGAAUUUCACGGACAUCGAUGUCAUCAUCACUCUUCAGAUGGAGCGUUACCAGAGCCAAAAAACAGGUCAGGUUCACCAGCGCGUGAGCGACAUUUACGUUGAUUUCGUGAUAGGCCAUGCUACGGUGAAACUGGACGAUUUAUUCGACGGCGACACCACGCUCUCCGCGGCCAUGAAUCUUUUUCUAAACGAUAACUGGAGGUCCAUAGUCGCGGAGAUAAAGCCGAAACUCGAGGAGACUAUCGGCGAUCUUAUUAAAGACUUCACGGACAAGAUUUUCUCCGAGUUUCCGGAAGAUGUGUUGCUGCCACCUUGAAAUUGCAUCAUUUUUUUAAGCUUUCGCUUAGAUGUAACAUAGAAUUUUUAAGUACAAUUUGUAAAUUUACAAAUCUAUAUAUAAGCUGGUA